AUGUUGGAAUCGAAAUUUGCCUCGAAAGGAGUCAGUCACGACUCGACAACUAGGAAGGGACGCAGCUUAGUUGACUAUCUCAUUGAGGACUCCGUGCUUCUAUUCCGCUCGGACGAACUUGCUAGGAAGCUUGCUGUUAUACUAGAAACCUAUAAAACACAGUACAAGUCCUAG